AGGCAACGUUCUGAGAUGGAGGGGCCACAGGAAGGUGGGAUGGGGCCUUCCCAAGAUGGGGACUCUCUACAGAUAGGGAGAUACUCCCCAGUAUUUAUGAUCCAUGAAUGCCACCCAGAUGAGCUGGAGCUGGGCUCUGUCAGCAACUUCUCCUCCAGUACUGUCAAUUCCACCAGCGGUGAGGGCCCAGAGCUGAGAACGGGCCCAAUCGUGAUUGAUAUGGGCACGAGGAGCUGCAGAGCAGGGUUUUCUGGACACUAUUCCCCCAGUGCUGAGGUCAGCACCCUGGUGGGCCAUCGCAUGGGCUCAGAAGGAGCCAGCGCUGGGGUGAUUAUUGGGGAGGAGGCAUUGCUGUAUUCUAACAUUGAAACCCUGGAGGUGAUGCACAAUGGCUUCAUCAUCAACUGGGAGGCAGCUGAAAACCUAUGCUAUUACCUCCUCAAGCACGAGCUCCGGGUGAACCCCGAGGACCACGCACUGCUCCUCACAGAGCCACUAUUCAGCCCCACCAGCAGCCGGGAGAACAUGGCAGAGAUGGCCUUCGAGGUGCUGGGCACUCCGGGUCUCUUUGUGGCCCCUCAGCCGGUCCUCUCUGCUUACACGCACGGCAAGAUCAGUGCUCUGGUGCUGGACAUGGGCCACGCAGCCACCCGCGUUGUGCCGGUGCUGGAGGGCAGGAGCAUGGCAUGCAGCUCCAAGCAGACAGACGUGGCAGGACGAUGCCUUACAUGGUACCUUUCAACUCUUCUGGAGGACACGGGGCACGUGCUCAGCAAGGGGAUGAGCCACAUGGUGGAGGAUAUCAAGCGUGCUUGCUGCUACAUUGCUGAAGACUUCCAAAGCGAGUGCCUCCUCCCACCCAGCUCCCACACCAUGGAUAUCUCCCUGCCCGAUGGGAUGACACUUACCCUCAGCAAGGAGCGCUUCCAGUGCCCAGAGGUGCUCUUCAACCCUCCAUCCAGCUGGGGGGAGUCCUUCGUGAGCAUCCAGGAGACGGUGUGGAAGAGCCUCACACAGCUCCCGGAGGAAGUCAUACCAACCAUGUGCACCAACAUCCUGCUGUGUGGGGGCUCCUCACUCUUCAAGGGGCUGGAGACGAGGCUGUGCCAGGAGCUCGCAGGCCACCCGCUGCCCAGCACUACAGUGGAGGUGGGGGGCUCGGCGCUGCGGCGGCACGCAGCAUGGACAGGGGGAUCCAUCCUCGCCUCGCUCCGCAACUUCCAGUCGUGCUGGAUCCACCGCAAUGAGUACUACGAGGUAGGGCCGUGCAUUGUCCACCAGAAGUGCUUCUGAGGGGACACCCCAAAGCCGGCAAGAAACAUUGGUGCAGUUUUAUCAUAGCUACAGACCAAGCAGCAGAAAACAGUAAUAAAUAGUUUCGUACCACCUGAA